AUGUCGCCUAGCUCUUCAUCCACGUCACCGUUUUCGCAUUCGUCUGACUCCUGGACCUUUCUCCUCCCUCGGCGACCUCGAUAUGUCAUUACGCUCGCCAUCGUCGCCCUUACAGGCCUAUUUCUGUGGCUCCACGCUGGACCUCUACCUCACGAGCAUGAGCGCGAGCGCGUAGAUCUCGAACCUUUUGAGUUUGAAGUGCUGCAAAAUCCCCCUCCUUCACCUCUCGUCCAAGUCCUUCCUCCGACCACCAUCACCGUCACGGCCCCAGCGGUUACCGAGACUGUUACCAUUCAGCGAAGUUCACGGACGCUAGAGCCCGUUGUGUUCUCUUUGAUUAUGUGGUCAGAAUCUUCGGCCAUCGAAGGCGCUCUUUUGAUCAAAUCUGCCAUUAUGUAUACUACGAGGCCGCUGGAGUUUCAUAUCAUAUGUGACGAGGAAGCGCAGAAUCAUCUCGAGAAGAAAUUCCUACUCCUCGAACACCCAGCACAGAACAUUCUUCUACGAUUCUACCGAGUGUCGCGUCAGAGCAUGACUGAUCGUAUACAACGUGAGGGUGGUAUCCACACAGACCACUCCGCUGGCGUCCCUGGGCUCAUGAAGCUAUUUAUCCAUGAGAUUCUCCCCGACUCCGUCCGUAAAUCGAUCUACGUCGAUACCGAUGCAUUCUUCAUCACUGAUCCCGCGCUCCUCUGGCAAACGUUCGACACCCUCCGUCCUUCAACUGCCAUCUCCAUGCCCACCCAUUACGACCAGAACUCGCCCGAAUGGCACCAUGCAUCCAAGAUCUGCUCCUGUGUCAUGCUCCUAGACCUCUCAAAAUUACGCUCUCUUCGCCUCAUGGAUUCCUCCAUAUACCGCGCCGACCCGACCUCGCGCUACCCCUCUGCCCUCUCACCGCCUCUUUUCCGAUCACUAUUUGGCCCUCCUGGUCCAGAAGAUCACUACGAGGGCGUGGCGCUGGGAGAUCAGGGAUACUUUUGGGCGAUCGUGAGCCAGAGGCCAGAUAUCUUUGAGCAUUUGAGCUUCGACUGGGAGGUUUCGAGUUGCCUGGUGGACAUGUACGGGACAGGACUGGACAGGAAUAAUGAUGGAGCUACAGAUGAGGAGGAGAGUCCUAGAAUGUUGCAUCUUUUCGAGACGCCACACCAGGGUGGCGUCGUUCACCCAAAGCUCGUUCACUUUAACUGCCUAGAUGGUGUCGACGUCUACUUCGACUGGCCAGGAUGGACCGAUCCCGAGAACAGCCUUGCGAAACGCUGGAAAUCUACUCUAGAUUAUCAUCUCGGCACGAAGUGGAUUUGGCUUAAUCGCGGUCGUGGAAAGCUUUUCGUGGACACUGUGCACGAUCCACUCUUUGGAGACCAGAGGUUCGCCGUUGAACAUAACAUGCCCCUGGAUCACUGA